UCACUCGACCUCACCAGAAAAACAUAUAUCCUUUGCUUUCAUCCAAAACAAUCUUCAAGCUCUCUCUCUCUCUCUCUCUCUCUCUCUUACUCUCUAUCACCAUGGACAACAUUGGUGAUGAAUACAAGCAUUACUGGGAAACCAACAUGUUCCUCCAAACCGAAGAGCUCGACAGUUGGGGAUUGGAUGAAGCGUUUUCUGGGUACUACGAUUCGAGCUCGCCGGACGGAGCAGCGUCGUCCAUGGCCUCCAAGAACAUUGUUUCAGAGAGGAACAGGAGGAAGAAGCUCAAUGAGAGGCUCUUUGCUCUUAGAGCAGUGGUCCCCAACAUUAGCAAGAUGGAUAAGGCUUCUAUAAUCAAAGACGCCAUUGACUACAUCCGAGAGCUUCAUGAUCAAGAAAAAAGAAUUCAAGCGGAGAUCAUGGAUUUGGAAUCUGGAAAAUCAAAGAAGGGUGUUAUUGGUAGUUCGGAUUUCGAACAAGAGCUUCCGGUCUUGUUGAGAUCGAAGAAGAAGAAAACCGAGCAGCUUUAUGAUUCUGGAGGAUCAAGAACUUCCUCCAUCGAAGUCCUUGAACUUAGGGUUACAUACAUGGGGGAAAAGACAGUGGUGGUGAGCUUGACAUGUAGUAAGAGAACAGACACAAUGGUGAAACUGUGCGAGGUCUUUGAGUCCCUGAAGCUCAAAAUCAUUACAGCCAAUAUCACUGCUUUGUCUGGGAGGGUAUUGAAAACAGUCUUCAUUGAGGCAGAUGAAGAAGAGAAGGAUCAUUUGAAGGUAAAAAUUGAAACAGCUAUUGCAGCACUGAAUGACCCACAAAGCCCCAUGAGCAUAUAAUGAGAGAACUGAUUCAAGUCGAUUCCAUUUGUUCGGUUUUUCCUUGGUGCAUGUUUUCUAGAAGAGCCUUGCUUUGGUUUUGGUUAUGAGAAAAUCAACACUUUUUGUUCAUGAUGCAUUUGCAAUAAAGAAAAAAAUGUUUGAGACAUAA